AUGGUGUAUCUCGGCCUCUCAGGCCGCAGUCUCAUGGCAGGCAUUUCCUGCUAUGACGACGGCGUCAUCGGCGGUCUACUGACAGCUGAUGCAUUCAAAGAGACCUUCCAUCUCAGUUCUUCGAUGGAAGGCACUGUCACAGCUCUCUUCGUCAUCGGGUGUCUAUUUGGAUGUUUGGGAACCAGCUUUUGCAACGGGCGCUGGGGCCGUUUAGCCAUCGCGCAAGUUGGAUCGGUUAUUCUUAGCGUCGGAGCUAUAGUUCAAGCAUCGAGUUCUACCACAGCACAACUGAUCGUCGGGAGAAUUGUUGCUGGAGUUGGUCUUGGGCUCAUCUCGAGUAAUCUGGGCGUUUGGCAGUCUGAGUUGGCGACGAGGGAAAUCCGCGGAAUGCUUAUGGCUGUUUCCUUGAGUUUUCUCAUUUUGGGCCAGGUUUUGGCUUAUUGGAUUGAUUAUGGACUGUCGGUAUAUGAAAGUAGUGUGUCGUGGCGGUUUCCCAUGGCUUUCCAAGCAGUUUUGGGCAUCACGCUCAACAUCAUGCUAUUGUUCAUGCCAGAAUCCCCCCGAUGGUUAUUCCAACAUGACCGACACCAAGAAGGCACAGACGUUCUCCGAGUUUUGCGCUCUUCUCGCGGGGUGCUUGACGAAACUGCACUGAACACAACGGUUGCGGAAAUACUGGAUGCUUUGGCGCUUGAAAGUGAGCAGAAAGGCUGGAUGGAUCUCCUCAAAAAUGACCAUGUCCGAUCUCGCCAUCGUGUCUUUCUUGCGUGUCUUUUGAAUGCAUGCCAGGCAUGGAGUGGGAGUACCCCUAUCAGCUAUUAUACGACUGUUAUAUUCGAAAACUCAGUUGGUUUUGAUCGAAAUUUCGCUCUUCUCAUGUCCGGAUUCCUUCAAAUCUGGUUCCUGGUUGCAUCUUUCGGAACCUGGUAUAGUAUCGAGAAGCUUGGGCGACGCAGAUCAUUCAUCACUUCGGCUAUCGGUAUGGCUUCGGUGAUGGCUAUAAUGGCUGCAAUGCUGGCGAUCAACACACAUGUCUCUGGAAUUGUCGCGGCAGUGAUGCUUUUCGCUUACCAGGCCUUUUACACCUGGGGGUUUAUGGGCGGACUCUGGGUAGGUUCCACGUUUGAGACAAAAAAAACAGACCUUCUUAUGCUGACGGAUGCACAGUGUUACGGCCCUGAAAUUCUGCCUCUAGCUCACCGUUCGAAGGGAAUUGGUCUUGCCACGGCCUUCCUCUGGCUGUCCACAUUUGUGGUUAUCGAGAUCGUUCCUGUGGCAAUUGAGAACAUCGGGUGGCGAACUUAUAUUAUCUUUGCAGUUUUCAAUCUUGCCUUUGUGCCUAUGAUCUACUUCCUCUAUCCUGAGACAGCCGGCUUUAGUUUAGAGGCUGUCGAUCUCACAUUCAUGGACCGCAGCAAAUCACCGGUGAAAAAGGCCGACGAGCUAUGGAAGUUGAUUCGUGAUGGCCAUGAUGUGACUUUGACUCGGGAGGUUGAGCGGAAACAUGAGGUCGAGCAUGUUGAAGUUGCUUGA